AUUUAUUUAACCAAGAACAGUGAUGAAACUUAUUGAAAUUACAAAUUGAAGAUCAUGUCGUCUCAAAUUCUACCUCAAGCUAUGUACCGCCGCGAUUCCGAUGAAAUGCAGGAGAAACCUCUGGAAAUAGACCAGGACUCGAACCCCGAUCGCAGCCAGUCCAACAGCCCGAAGAACAUGAAGUAUUACAAACACAUAGACGAAGAUAAAACAAUAAUCAAUCAAGGAAAGAAAUCGUUUUGUAUUGACGCGUUAUUAUCUCGGCAUAUCGAACCUGAAACAACUAUUCAAGACAAAAUGGCGCAGCAGAAAUAUUUAUCAUUUAUACAGAAUAAGAAUUAUAUUGCGAGAUAUCAGAAUGAGAAUUACGAGGCUCAGAUAGAGCAGAAUACUAUAGAUAGAUGUCAGAAUCGUGGGGAACAGGGGUUCGAUAGAGUGGAGAGUGAGAGUCCACGGUCAGGACAGAGCAGUCCGAGAAGUGGCACGCCGGGAUCUGACGAUGGGAAUAGAUCGGAGAGUUACAGCCCGCCUAUUUCGCCAGGAGUCGAGGGAGCGGCUGAGGAGUACGAUACUUAUAGACCUGGUAUAAUUCCGAAGCCAGGUCUACUGCCACAGAAUCCCGCGCUGGUCGCAGCGCAGUCUUCUCUAUUCAACUACCCACAGCUGGCGCAGCCCGGGCCUUUGCCCCCGGGGGCUCCGCUGCCGUCCGCAUUCCACCACCCCGGUGACCGCGUGUUACAUCAUAUGCAGCUCGAGUGGUUGGCAAGAACUGGGAUGUUUUACCAUCGGAUACCAGAAUUGGGAGGAGCACCUCACGCACUGCUCGGUAAGACGCGGCGACCUCGCACUGCGUUCACAUCACAACAGCUUUUAGAACUAGAGAAGCAAUUCCGUAUGAACAAAUAUCUAUCAAGGCCAAAGAGAUUUGAAGUGGCGACCAGUCUUAUGCUGACAGAAACUCAGGUAAAAAUAUGGUUCCAGAAUCGAAGAAUGAAGUGGAAACGAUCGAAGAAAGCGCAACAAGAUACGAAAACAAAGGAUGGCCACGUCAGUCAUCAAGCCGAAGAAAAGAACAAACAAAAAGAACUACCUUUACCGCAAUCCGAUCCUGAAAAACAAACACAGCAACAAAUGCCGGCAGAUUUGACAGCUGUCAAGCCUCCCCAAAUGCUCGACAGGGACAGAAUUAUCGCGCUAGAAAGAGAAAGAGCUAUGGCAGCUGCAAAUUUCAACUCUAAUUUAGAAAACAAUAGACGUGGAUUGGUCGUUCUAAACCAAGAUGGCGCCAGACCUGGCAUGGACAUGUUCAGGCCGUAUGUGGUAUGAAAGUAGAAAACUUUUUAUUUGUUAUUCAUUAUUUUAACACUAUUAUAUUAAGAUUUGU